UGCAGCACAGAGUAGAAAGUGGUUUCGCGUCAACUGCCGCUGUAUGAAGGGAGUGAACGCGAACCGCGCCGAGCAUGUGUUAACUGGACGCCUGACAGAGUGCGGACGCUGCUGAGCGGAUCUGACGGCUGCGGUCGGGCGUGCAAGCGGACCACUGGGCCACAGACUGAGGCCGCAGCCAAGCAGACCUGGCGCACACACGGGCAUGUGAGCCCGUGUGAAGCUAUCAAGGAAAUUCCUCAGUCCUCCAGGGUCACCUCCGUGGGUUCUCUAUCUGCUGCUCCGUUAUAGGACGAAGCCGGAGGCGUAGCGGCGAUGGCCACUGGGGAGAAUCAAAUGGAGGUCUCUUCAUCUCAAGGCGCUGGAAGCAAACCCUGCAACGAAGCCAAAUGCAGAAACGACACGCAGCAGCAGCACAAGGAGCAGCAGAGCAGCGACUCCCUGCUCUUCUACAGGAAGCUGUUGUGCGACAGCUGGACUAUCCUGGAUAGAGACGGGAGGCGUCAGUUCGGCUCCGAACUCCUGAGGUCGGAAGGGAGACUUUCUCCAGACCUGCUGCCUGGCGGGAGAACUGACAGAAUACACAUGGUUACGCUGAAACCCACGGGCGGUUCCGAGGGCCCGUGCCAGCUGGACGCCUCUGCACGGAGUGUGGAUGCGGGCGGGAGCAGGACCGGCAGCCCUCUCGGCUCCUGUGCUUCUUCUAGCAUUUGCAUGGACCCAAAACCUUGCGGUUGCACCAGCCCCGGAUCAAGUCCGGACUCGAGCCCGUCUCAGCCCGGGCAGAACCGCGUGCGCCGCGGCAGCCUGCCCGUGUCUAUGCUGCCGUUCCACAAGAUAUCGUCCUACCUCUCCUCACGCUGCGCUUCGUCCAGUGAACCCAGCUCUUUGCGCUCGUCCCCCUGCGCUUCUCCCCUGUCCAGCCCCCGCCAGCGCCUUCGAAAUGGACACGCGCGCCCGCGCCCCCUCAAGGACGGCUACUCCAGCCUGGAGCGGCUCAACAGGAGGCCUCGCGUGGAUAAAUGCUCGCUGGAGAAGCUCUUCCUGCUGCGUGCGUCGAGGACCCUGGGACAUGAUCAGAGGCCGGGAGUGGGAGUGGGAGCGGGCCUGACCUGCAGCGAAGGCAGCAGCAGCGAGGAGGCGGAUGAGGACGCUUCAGCGGAGAACGCAGUCCACACAGAGUUCAUACGGAACCGCAAAGAGCGCUCCACCGUGCUGGUGAGGCGCUUCUUCAAGAACAAUCAGAAGGUGACCAAGUGCGUGUGUACUGGAACUAGAGCCAUUGUUAGGACGCUGCCCUCUGGUCACAUCUCGGAGGACGUCUGGGAGGUGGUUGUUGAAUGCAGGACAUGGCAACCCAGCGGAGCGGACACGUGGCACAGGGCGGUACCCGGUGGGGGAGAAGACGUCCGAGUCCUCGGGGAGAUGCUACGUUUGUCUGGGGCGAAGCUGCAGCAGGUCCAGAACUAUGUCCAGAACCGAACGACGCUCCACCUGACUCAUCCUGCCAAAAGCCUCCUGCUGCGUCGCCCUGGACUUCAGGAAUCUCUCUCGCUGGAUCUGCCUCAUCCUCCUCCUCAGGACAGGUUGUAUCGCGCCUGCGGCCAGAGGACGUCGGCCUGUUCCCUGCUGAGCGGAGCUCUUCUAGAGGCCACGGCUGCUCUGGGGAGCCGCAGCGCCGGGCCCCACCCUCCGCCCCAGGCUGCCAACGGUCACGGGGUGCUCAAAGAGCGUCAGCUGGCCGGCAGCAUGAACAGCAGCGGCUGCUCCCCCCCCCCCAGCGUCAGCGGGAUCAGCAAGGAGCUGGCCGAGCUGCGGCAGCUCGUCCAGUUCCCCGAGGAGAUCGCCUGCAUCCUCACCGAGCAGGAGCAGCAGCUCUACCAGCAGGUCUUCCCCUUGGACUACCUCUGCUUCCUCACGCGGGACCUGUGCGGCCCCGAGGGUCCGACCCGGCGGCACCCGAGCCUCAAGGCCUCGCUGUCGGCGCCCGCCACGCCUACCCAGAGUGCUCAGCGGCGUAACGCCGUGGAGGACCUGGUGACGCGCUUCAACGAGGUGAGUUCAUGGGUGACGUGGCUGGUGCUCACAGCCGGCUCCAUGGAGGAGAAGAGGGAGGUUUUCUCCUACCUGGUCCAUGUUGCCAAAUGCUGUUGGAACAUGGGGAACUACAACGGCGUCAUGGAGUUCCUGGCCGGACUCAGGUCUCGCAAGGUCCUGAAAAUGUGGCAGUUCAUGGACCAGUCAGACAUAGAGACCAUGAGGAGCCUGAAGGACGCCAUGGCUCAGCAUGAGUCCUCUUCCGAGUACAAGAAGGUGGUGACCAGAGCCGUCAACAUCCCGGGAUGCAGGGUGGUGCCGUUCUGCGGCGUGUUCCUGAAGGAGCUCAGCGACGCACUGGACGGGGCAGCGAGCAUCAUCAGCCUCAAAGCGCCCCCGGACCGGCCGGAGGACUCCAUAGAGUUCGUGUCCGAGUACAGCGGCCAGCAUCGCUUCGUGUCGCGAUCCGGUCCGGACGGACUCCACGUCCCCGACAAGGAGGCCACCGUCAGCAACAUCCUCCAGAUCAUCAGAUCCUGCAAUCGUAGCCUGGAGGCAGAGGAUCCCGACGAGGCCUCCACCAGCCCGUCUUCUACUGGACCCUCCCUCACGUCCAGGAACAACUCCUUCAGGGACCGCUGCCGCCAUCAUUCCCAUUCAUUUAGGACCCCGCCAGAAUCAAAGCGUGUCUACUUCAUGGUUGGAGACCUGUCGGAUUCAGACGGCGACUUGUCGUCAGAGUCGGCGGCGAAGGAGACGGAGUUUCAGGGGACGGAGGAGACGCACCGAGCGUUCAGCCACGGUACCGAGCUCAUCCCCUGGUACGUGCUGUCACUCCAACCAGACGUCCAUCAGUUCCUGCUGCAGGGAGCUACAGUCAUCCACUACGACCAGGACAGCCACCUCACGGCUCGCUGUCUGCUGCGACUACAACCCGACAACACCACGCUAACAUGGGGUAAGCCAGGGGCGUCCCCUCCAGAGCAGCCGCUCGGACUCGGCCAGGCGGCGGUGGCGGGACUGGCAGAAGGCCUGCUGGACCUGGCGGUGGUCAAGGCCGUGUUCCUGGGCCACCAGGGAGUGGACGUCCACGCCGUGUGUCUGCAGAACAAGCUGAGCCACAUGACGGUGGAGCGUAAUGGUCUCAGCCUCCUCUAUGGCCUCAGCACCACAGACAACAGGCUCCUGCACUUCGUGGCGCCUGACCACACAGCACAGAUGCUCCACAAGGGCCUGGCUGAGCUGGUGAGUGCAACCAGGAAGCUGAAGAAGUUCCCCGACCAGAGGCUGCAGUGGCUGAGGAGGCAGUACGUCAGCUUGUAUCAGGAGGAGGGCAGGUACGACGGGCCCACGCUGGCGCAGGCCAUCGAGCUGUUCGGGGGGCGCCGCUGGAACAUGGGAGCGGGGGGUGCGGAGAAAGCCGGCGCCCAAAAGAGCAGCCCGCUGAGUGCGAGCGAGAAGACCAAGAAGAAGAAGAAGGCCGUGGUCAGGGGAGACAGCGGAGAUGCCACCGACGACGAGAUGAUCGCUAGAAAAACACGCAGCUGUAAGGAGGCGGCGUAUCGAAACGGACCGGAGUCCGACAGCGUCGACCAAGAAGAACCAGACGACGGCUACCCGGGACCCUUCUCCCUUUCAUCCGCUAAGAGCUCAGGACUGCUCGCCUCCGCCUCCUCCUCCUCCUCCUCCUCCAGCAUGGCAGGGUCCAACUCGUCCCGGCCUCAGUCCUCCCCCAUCCUCUCUGGAAGCGCCAAGGCCCAACCAGGGACCUGGAGCAGCAGGUCGUGGCACGGCCGGGGCAAAGGCUGCUUCAAGGGCUUCCAGAACCUCAUGAUUUCCGACAGCACAAUGAGCUUCGUGGAGUUCGUGGAGCUCUUCAAGUCGUUCAGCAUUCGAAGCCGGAAGGACCUGAAGGAGCUGUUUGACACCUUCGCGGUCCCCUGCAGUCGUGCCGGCCCUGAAACGGCUCCGCUCUACACCAACCUCAGGAUCGAUGACAAGGACACCGGCCUACAACCAGACCUUGACUUACUCACUCGCAACGGCUCGGAUCUGGGCCUGUUCAUCCGAACGCGGCAGCAGAUGUCUGACAACCAGAAGCAGAUCUCGGACGCCAUCGCGGCCGCCAGCAUAGUGACCAACGGGACGGGAGUGGAGAACGCGUCGCUGGGCGUCCUGGGACUGGCCAUACCUCAGCUCAACGACUUCCUGGUGAACUGCCAGAGGGAGCACCUGAGCUACGACGAGAUCCUCAGCAUCAUACAGAAAUUUGAGCCUUCAUCGAGCAUGAGACAAAUGGGCUGGAUGUCAUUUGAAGGCUUCGCAAGGUUCCUGAUGGACAAGGAGAACUUUGCCUCUCGCAAUGACGAAUCCCAAACCAACCUCCAGCAGCUGCAGUACCCGCUCGCCUACUACUACAUCGAGUCCUCCCAUAACACCUACCUGACGGGGCACCAGCUGAAGGGAGAGUCGUCUGUUGAGCUGUACAGCCACGUGCUGCUUCAAGGCUGUAGGAGCGUCGAGUUGGACUGCUGGGACGGAGACGACGGCAUGCCCGUCAUCUACCACGGACACACGCUCACCACCAAGAUUCCCUUCAAGGACGUGGUGGAGGCCAUUAACCGAGCCGCCUUCGUCAACUCCGACAUGCCCGUCGUCCUGUCCAUAGAAAACCACUGCUCCCUCCCUCAGCAGCGCAAGAUGGCCGAAAUCUUCAAAAACGUGUUCGGGGAACGCCUCGUGACGCGCUUCCUCUUCGAGAGCGACUUCAGCGAUGACCCCCACCUGCCGUCGCCGCUGCAGCUGCGGGGAAGGAUCCUGCUCAAGAACAAGAAGCUAAAAGCCCAUCAGGCACCUGUGGACAUACUGAAACAGAAGGCUCACCAGCUGGCCCACAUGCAGGCCCAGGCCAGUAAUGGGUUUCCAGGGGGCACUUCACCCGGCAACCAUGCCAACGAGGAAGAGGAGGAGGAGGAAGACGAGUACGACUAUGACUACGAGUCUCUGUCUGACGCCGACGUCCUCACAGCCUCCACUGCCUCGUAUGGCCUGGAAGAUAACAUCCUCGAUGACAAGCCGGAGGGGAGGAGUUCAGCAGAUAAGGAGGAGCCGGCGGUUGAUGAAAUACCGAAGCGGAUGAAGAAGGCCGACGGCGCGACGCAGAGCAAAGGGAAGGUGUUCGACAUGGAGCUCGGCGAGGAGUUCUACCUCCCCCAGAACAAGAAGGAGAGUCGACAGAUCGCCCAGGAGCUGUCGGACCUCGUCAUCUACUGCCAGGCUGUGAAAUUCCCCGGGCUGUCCACGCUGUCUCCAGCAGGCUCCAACAGAGGGAAGGACCGGGGAAAGAGCAGGAAGUCCAUAUUUGGCACUGCUCCCGCUCGCGGCGCCAUAACAGGAGAGGUCACGGCCCCGGGUCGCACCGCUGGGAAAGGCUCCGAGCGGCUGAGCUGGGAGGAGCAGCAGACGUCGCCCGUCCUGGCCCCGCCCACCUCGCUGAGCGCCAUCAUCCGCACGCCCAAGUGCUACCACAUAUCCUCCGUCAACGAGAACGCCGCCAAGCGCCUGUGCCGCCGCUACUCGCAGAAGCUGAUCCGGCACACGGCGCGGCAGCUGCUGCGCACGUACCCGGCGGCGACGCGCAUCGACUCCACCAACCCCAACCCGCUGCUCUUUUGGCUGCACGGCGUCCAGCUGGUGGCGCUCAACUACCAGACCGACGACCUGUUCAUGCAGCUGAACGCCGCGCUGUUCGAGGCCAACGGCGGCUGCGGCUACGUCCUGAAGCCCGCCGUGCUGUGGGACCGCAGCUGCCCGCUCUACCAGCAGUUCUGCCCCAUGGAGCGGGACGUGGACAAGAUGAGCCCGGCCACCUACUGCCUCACUAUCGUCUCCGGUCAGAACGUCUGCCCCGCUAACGGCGCCGGCAGCCCCUGCGUGGAGGUGGACGUGCUGGGCAUGUCCGUGGACAGCUGCCACUUCCGGACCAAGCCCAUCCACCGCAACACCCUCAACCCCAUGUGGAGCGAGCACUUCCAGUUCAGCGUGCACUUCGAGGAGCUGUGCUUCCUGCGCUUCGCUGUGGUGGAGAACAACAGCUCGCAGACGACGGCGCAGCGGACGCUGCCCCUCAAGGCGCUGAAGCCAGGCUACAGACACGUUCAGCUGAGGACGCAGCACAAUGAGCCGCUGGAAGUGUCCAGCUUGUUCAUCUACAGCUGCAGGACCGAGGACGGGCCCGCAGGGGGCGCCCCGCCCGCGUCUUUGCUCUUCACCCCAGAGGAGGCGCGAGCGUCCCGGCAGCACAGGGUGACGGUGCACGGCGCCCCCGGACCCGAGCCCUUCACCGUCUUCUGCGUCACGGAGCAGGCCACGGCCCGGCAGCUGCUGGACAUGGCGGUGGCGUCCGCGGGGAGCCCGUCCGACUACUUCCUGUGCGAGGAGAAGCUGCCCCUGGCGCGCGAGCGCGGCGAGGCCAAGCGCGGCGCCCAGCGCCGGCCGCUGUCGCCCGAGGAGGAGGUGGUGCGGCUGGUCCGCGGCUGGAGCGCCGAGGACGGCUCCGUGGGGAGGAUCUGCCUCAAAACCAGAGAGGAGAAGCUGAAUGAGAGGAACGCGGUGCCGGAGGGGGAGGAGGAGGUGCCCGUGGGAGGCGGGGGAGGAGCGGGAGGGGAGGACGAGAUGUUCCUGGUCCAGGUUCACGAGGUCUCGCCAGAACAGCCCCACACGGUGAUCAAGGCGCCGCGCUACAGCACGGCUCAGGACAUCAUACAGCAGACUCUGUCAAAGGCCAAGUACUCCUGCAGCAUCCUGUCCAACCCCAACGCCUGCGACUACGUGCUGAUGGAGGAGGUGACCAAGGACGCGGGCUCCAAGAAGGCGUCGGCGGCGAAGCCCCUGCAGCGGGCGCUGCUGGACCAGGAGUGCGUGUUUCAGGCCCAGAGCCGCUGGCGCGGCGCCGGGAGGUUCAUACUUAAACUCAAGGAGCAGAUGGUGCGAGAAGACAAAAAGAAGGUCAUGUCCUUCGCCAGCGAGCUCAAGAAACUGACGGGCCGCAGCCGCAGCAUGACGACGGGCGGCGCCGCCGACGGUCCGGCCCAGAGGGGCGGGUGUGCGGCUGCAGGCCUGAGGACGUGGCCGGUGGAGGGCCGGGCGGGGGCCCCACCGCCCCCCUCCUCCUCCGGGGGGCGCCUCCAGCGCGUCCACUCGCCUUCCUCCUCCCUGAACCCACUCUCCUGGAAGCUGCACCUCCUCAGCAACUGGAAGAUCCACAAAUGACAGCCCGAGCUGUGAGCCGCUGUGAGAUCGCCCGUUUCCAGGAGAGGCCGCGUGGAUUCUAGGACGGAUCCGCCGCUGCGUUAGUCGAGGAUUCGGGCGGAUCUCGGCGAGCGGAUCAGGUGAAGGACGUCCAGAACGUUUGCUUGGCUGGAGGACGGCCGGGUCGGACACCGGUCCGCCUGUAGAUGGCGCCAGUCAAGUACCUGAGCAGUGGCUUAGACUGAGCUGCUGCGUUGAGUUCAGAGGUCGAGCCAGUUCUGAGGAUGUUCAGGCCUCUGUGGACACGUUGGCUUGUUAGAUUCCUUUCCUACUGUUUCACAGUACUGUACCGGCAGCCACACACGUGUUCUGAUCUCCUCAGUCUGACAUCAGCCACGCUUUUUUAGCACCACUGUCAUUUAAAGGCAUUGGAGAUGUGUGGCGAUGACUUGGGAGCAACGUCUCAUCACUACUAAUAUUGUCUGUGUCGCCUUUAAAUGUUCCAGCUUUCAGUGUUGUUAGCGCUGUAGCUACGUCAGCAUUCGCUUACUGGACUCAGAGUUUUAGUGCUUCCAUCCUUUGCGCGUCACAAAUCAUCACAUCACUUUAGUGAAGAUCUCAGUUAAACUGAAUCCAACCGAACCACAGUGAUCUGAGCUGAGAACCACAGACGGGUCUGCUUCAAACAGCGUUUUGCACAUCUUUUCACUCGUUCAUUUCCAGUGUUUUUGUAGAACUAUCAACAUAUUUAUUACUUUCUGUCUCGGCCCAGUCGAGAGUUGUUGUGUCGGUGAUAGACUGUGUGAAUUGUUUUAUAUCUUAAAGAACCAAGUGGAUUCCAAUUUAGUUUUUAUUUCUUUAUUAAGAUCUUUACACUGUAGAUCCCAUGUAGUGCUUGUAGGCUGUUCUUUAUUUCUACUUGUUUCUCAUUUAUUUUACCUGUGAAGACAUUUCCAUUUCUUUGUUUUGUUCCGUAACAUUUCCACAUGUGAAAACCCAAACUUUCACUAAAACGCUUUGUGGUGAAGAAUGUGACGCUGUUUUCAAGUAGACAAACAGCAUGAAACGCUUUGUGUAGCUUUUAGACGCUGAAAGCAGGAAUAUGAAUUUAUUUAAAAUGUUGUAUAGUUGAUUAGCUUUGUCCUUUUAAUGCUUAUUGUUCAAUUCAAGAAAAACUACUAAAUACAAACUAACCUUUUUUUUAAUUGUAGUGCAAUAGGGUCAUUUUACUUUAACGCUUAAAACUUUAUUGUCACUAAAGUACAGAUUCAAACUCCACUUGAACCCAGGCUGUGGAUGAAUAUUAUAUAUCUCAUAUUAUAACUGAAACUGGUGUCAUUUUACAGUGGAUAAUACAACAUUUCACAAAGUGGAAUGGAAUUACUAUCAGCUGAUAUGAUACGUUAACUCUGACAGAAGGGACGUUUGUGACAGAUCUGAGACCUAGCUGCUUCCUCACAUCUGGUUUUUCACCUUUCUAACCUCUAGACCUCGUUCCUGAAUGUAACUGUUCUUAUUGUGUCUAGUCAACCGUGUUUGGAUGUUAUUUAUUUCAAUGUGAAGCCCUGGUCGGCAUUUACUGUACCUGUUGUAUCAUUUCUUGUAAUUAGUCUGAAAUAUUUUUAUUUAUUUCAGGGUGACACAGGAUAAACUCUAGUUCCCUGACUUUACCUAAACAUAUUUAGAUCUGAAAAAAGUAUUUAACUAUGUGUAAAGUACUCUAUAGUAUUGCUUGUUCAGGCAUGGUGUCCUACAUUACACAACGUUUAAGGCCCUGGUGUUUUUACAUAUGAACAAAAGCCGCCAGUUUGAAGAGAGCUGAUGUCUUCAUCAUAUCCAGGUUACUGUUGUGCUGCGUAGCCUUCAUACUAUCGACUGAACAUUAGUUUAUUUCCUGUACUUGAAUUUUUAAAUGGAUGCUAAUUGGUGGUUUUCUCUGCCAGGAUUACAAUAAAACUACAAAUACUUAA